AAAGAAUUUUGUUUAACGAUUUCAUUUUCGUAAAUAUACAUUUCAGCAGAUUUAUGAAGACCAUAGAUGUACUGUCUUUUCGGAUUAUUUUUUGUCCCUAUAGUUUUGAGCUCUACAAUUUCUAUUUCAUGGCAGAAUCAUCACUCACAAGCAGAUAUUGAACGCAUAAUCAAGAGAGUUAUCGAGAAAUGCCCCGAUAUUUCUUAUGCUUACUAUUUAACAACUGGUCGUAUCACCACAACACCGAAUUUAAACAGACUAUUUGUGAUAGCUUUCGGGAAGUAUGCCAACACAUCUGUGAAAGGUAUACCGGAGUUCAAGUAUAUUGCCAACAUGCAUGGAGAUGAAGUUGUUGGAAGAGAGCUGUUAAUACGUUUGGCCGUCUACCUGUGUGAUGAAUUUACCUCACAAAACACAUUCGUCCACAAACUGCUUAACCGAACGAGAAUCCAUAUUUUGCCCUCAAUGAACCCGGACGGUUGGGAAAUCGCCGCAUCUAACAAAAAAUUUCAUGAAUUAGGAAGAUGCAAUUCUAGAAAAGUGGAUCUCAACAGGGACUUUCCUGACUUGACAAAAAAGUUUUAUAUCAAUCUGCGUAACGGUGGACCUUUGGACCAUUUACAACCUGAUGAAAUCGAUGUGGAGAAGGCGCAAGUAGAGACAAGAAUGGUAAUGGGAUGGUUAGAAAAAAUCAAUUUUGUGCUGGGUGCUAAUAUACACGGUGGUGAUUUGGUUGCGAAUUAUCCGUUUGACAAGUCAAUAACAGGGAAUUCUGCCGAAUCUAUUACACCAGAUAAUCCUACUUUUGUUGAGCUAGCAGAAUCUUAUGCUGAUCAUCAUCCACGAAUGAAAAAAGGGAUUAAAAAGUGCUAUGACUCCGAUAACCAUUUCAGUGAUGGCAUUACAAAUGGUGCAAGAUGGUAUUCGUUAAAUGGAGGUUAUUGUUUGGAAACUGACAGCUGUUCAUUCUUAAGCUCACAACGCACUCUGAUAGUUAGCACGAAACCCCAAUUAUCCAAAAUGGAUUAUUCACUUUGGUUCGUUAAAAAGAGAUUUAUUUCAGUAGUCUCGUACAACCUUAUACUCCGGACUGCAUUUCUCACUAUCUACACAAAGCUGAUUACUGCUUUCAUUGUUCAUAUUUAAAUUUAUUAAAGAUAACAAGACUUGCAUAACAAAAAAUGAGAGUUGAUUACAUGAAUCCCAAUAUUGUAGCUGAUCCAGAACUCACAACCUUAGAUGUUGAUAGUCAAUUCUUUCCAGUUAUCGGAAUGUUAAACAACGCUAAAAAAUAUCUAAUAAAACUUCAAUAGUCUACCGUCGACAAUGUACAAAUCAAAAUUGAAGUAAAGGUAGUCAUUGCAAACAAGCUUUUAAUGUACAAAUUCUUUGGUUCAGAUAUUCUGAAUACGUUACGCGGCCAUAGAGAAGGACUAAUAUUUGAUAUUUUCCGUCGUUCAUCAGCUAACAUCAUUUCAUAAUGAGAGUCUAGUUUACAAUAUCUUUAUUGUGUCUUGUUAAUUUCUUUAUUAAGGAGAAUAGUUUAGUGGUGUAAAAAUUCUAAAACCGUUCAUUUCACCAACUUCUUUCCAACAUAGACCAUCAGACAUUGUAUUUUUAUGUUUAUUAGUUCACACGUUUAAAUUAUUCCAAGAACUCCAAGGUUUUUAUUAGUGACAUAUUAACAACUACUGAAGAAACGGUAUGUAGUAAAAAAAUAAAAAGUUCAGGGGAGUUUUUAUUUAUUUUUAGGGUGUUAUAUAAACCCAGUAUUCUGUAAAUGCGCUGUGUCAUGCUUUUUUCUUCUUUAAAUAAAAUUGUUUCUAAAAAACGUGAGGUGUC